AUGGAUUUAGAUCCAAGCGGUAUACUGCAGUGCAGUCACCGGCUAAACCAUUUCGAAUUAUCCCACCAGGUGGUGACGAUAUAUAUAGCCGAGAUAGCUGACAAAGAGAUUCGAGGCCGCCUCUCCGUCGGUACCCGUUUUAUGUUCAACUUUGGUGGUUUACUCAUGAUGUGUAUUGGGGCGUAUGCGACGUAUGAUGUGAUGAAUUACUCGCUUUUAGUGAUGCCUCUGUUGUAUUUUACGGCGUGUCUGUGCAUACCGGAAUCGCCGUAUUAUUAUUUGAAGGAGGGCAGAGAGGAUGCCGCUAAGAAAGCGUUGUUGAGGCUGCGUGGGAGGGAAGAUGGUCUCGAAGAGGAAUUAGAGAGUAUGAAAUCUCACGUCCAAAGAGAGAUGCGGAACUCAAGUUCAACUAUAGAACUCUUUAGAGGAAGACAAUACAGGAAAGCUAUCAUCAUUGUUUUUGGAUUAAAAUUUGCUCAAAUAAUGACCGGAACGCAAACGGUGCAGCAAUACCUGACUGUUAUUAUGAAGGAGAGCAAAAUCAAUAUGGCCGUACCUACGAUGAUGAUAAUAUAUGGGACUGUUAAAUUUAUCGUUGGUGUGAUGUCAUCGUGCCUGGCGGAUCGUGUGGGCCGCCGGCCGCUUCUCAUAUACUCCUUCUUCGGUUACAGUGUCUCUUCAGUUAUCAUUGGUUUUUACUUUUUGAGCCUGGAAGUGCUUUCCGUCGACCACGACGCCCUCCGGCCAUAUAGCUUCGUCACGUUCUUUUGCAUUUUAUUCUCCAACGUCAUGUCCACUCUCGGCUUUAACUCCAUUAUGGGAGUCGUCCAGGGUGAAGCUUUCCCCUUGAAUGUAAAGGCCAUUGCAAUUACAGUUCUAAAUAUCUACGGAGGAAUACUAGGGUUUCUUGUGACGAAACUAUUCAAGAAGGUCAAAGAUCUAUCGGGUCUUUGCGGUGUGUUUUGGUUGUACGCCUCGAUAGCUUUGGUGGGUUCUGUUUUCGCCUAUUUCACUGUGCCUGAAACGAAGGGUAAAAGUUUGAAAGAAAUUCAAGCUAUGCUUCAGGGUGAGGUUUAUUAUGCGAAUGGGGAAGAAUUGAAAGAUAUGAAUGACAAAAGAGGUGAAAAUGGUGAUCCUCGAAUCAUGGGAGAGGAAGUGAUGGUUUCAGGAGAGUUAAAAUCGUUACAAAGCAAUGGUGCUAAUGCUUGAUUUAUAUAACUUUUAAAAUUUGUUGUUCUUUAUAUAGCUUUACUGUUUGAAGUGCUCUAUGACUAUAGUUAUUCACGAUAAAUGAUUUAUUAGAAUAAAAUUAUUCCCUAGUAUAGUAAUUAUAUUUUGGAUUUUGACGCCUCCUUGGUACAGUGGUAAACGCGUGAGCGUAGAACCGAGGGAUCCUGGGUUCGAU